AUGUUGGGUGACAGGUCAAACACCGAUGAACAGAUCCUCAAUGAACGACAAGGGCCUCCUAUAGCUCAAGAACGUGACAAAGAGGUUGAUUCUAAGUUUUGGGCGACAUAUGACAAAGUUUCGACAGAGUAUGAUAACGACUUUCUCGAGCGGGCUAAUGGCGAUAUGGGCAUCAUUCUAACUUUCGCUGGUUUAUUCUCAGCUGUCAACUCCACCUUUAUCAUCGGAAUGCAGCCUAACCCAGGAGAAACUACCAACGGCCUCUUGCUUUACCUUAUCCAAAUGACAGCUAACGGCACAAGCACCAUAAAUGACAUCAGCAGUCUUUCCUCUUCCACGCCAUAUUCUUCUUCAACUGUCUGGAUGCAAACGCUUGCUUAUGCUAGCCUGUCAUUUAGCGUUUUGGCUGCGUUUGGGGCUGUGCUGGGAAAGCAAUGG